CCUCCGGAGCCGCCGACAGCACUAGUGGACGGGGCCUGGGUACCGGACCGGCCGCGCCAUGAGACUCCUCCCCCGCCUGCUUCUGCUUCUCCUGCUCGUGUUCCCCGCCACCCUCUGGCUCCAAGGCGGCCCUGGAGGCUCAGUAGCGGCGGCUCAAGAUCUUACAGAAGAUGAAGAAACAGUGGAAGAUUCAAUAAUUGAAGAUGAGGAUGAUGAAGCCGAGGUGGAAGAAGAUGAACCCACAGAUUUGGCAGAAGAUAAAGAGGAAGAAGAUGUAUCUGGUGAGCCUGAAGCUUCACCAAGUGCAGAUACAACUAUCCUAUUUGUGAAAGGAGAAGAUUUUCCAGCAAAUAACAUUGUGAAGUUCCUGGUAGGCUUUACAAACAAGGGUACAGAAGAUUUUAUUGUUGAAUCCCUAGAUGCCUCAUUUCGUUAUCCUCAGGACUACCAGUUUUAUAUCCAGAAUUUCACAGCUCUUCCUCUGAACACUGUAGUGCCACCCCAGAGACAGGCAACUUUUGAGUACUCCUUCAUUCCUGCAGAGCCCAUGGGUGGACGACCCUUUGGUCUAGUCAUCAAUCUGAACUACAAAGAUUUGAAUGGCAAUGUAUUCCAAGAUGCUGUCUUCAAUCAAACAGUUACAAUUAUUGAAAGAGAGGAUGGGCUAGAUGGAGAAACAAUCUUUAUGUAUAUGUUCCUUGCUGGUCUUGGGCUCUUGGUGGUUGUUGGCCUUCAUCAACUCCUCGAAUCUAGAAAGCGCAAGAGACCCAUACAGAAAGUAGAGAUGGGUACAUCAAGUCAGAAUGAUGUGGACAUGAGUUGGAUUCCACAGGAAACUUUGAAUCAGAUCAAUAAAGCUUCACCAAGAAGGUUGCCCAGGAAACGGGCACAGAAGAGAUCAGUGGGAUCUGAUGAGUAAAUGUUCCUUUGUGCAACAAUUCAGUCUUUACUUAACCUGCCCUAAUAUUUUUCGGCCUGAUGGGAAUUAGUGCAGAGAAGCCAUAUCACCAUAGAAGGCAACUACUCCUUAUGUGUGGACUGAGCAAUCAGAGUCUGUGGCGAUAAUAUUGCUGAAAAUGCACUGCAUUCAUUUUUCUAAAGUAACAAAUUUGGUUUUUUUUUAAACCAUUAAAAUCUGUGUGUGCGUGUGUA